AUGGAAGCUAAACACACACUAGGCGAGAUUCUAAGCCAGAGACUAUCAAACGAGGACACCGCCGUCCGCGACGCCGCAUGGGUGGAAACAAAGGCCUUUAUUUUGAAAGACGAGACAACGUAUGAACAACUUUUAGAAGUGUGGAUUGGACUUUAUUUCUGGUAUUGGCAUAGUGACGGAAGACCUUAUCAACAAACCGUUCGAAACGAAUUAACCCUUUUCAUGACAACAGUGAACUUUAAGCCAGCACAUGUGUUGGACUAUGUGAAAGCUGGGAUGGUCACAUUAGAACAUUAUUGGGAUACAAUAGACUAUGUUCGUAUUAAGAAGUAUGAGCGCUUGUUGUGUCAAUUAAUUCAGAAGUAUUUGUUGUAUAUUGCGAAUUGUGGAUGGGACUUGGACCAAAUUCAGAAAUGGAACGAGUUCUUAUUUAACGAGUUCUUGCCACUGAAUCAACUCCCACAGUCUAUUAACAUCUCUGUUAAAAUUGCAGACUUCUAUUACGAUUACUUAAACGAUGUCAUUUAUAUCGAAGAAGCAAAACAACCCAACGAAGACGCAAAAAAGCUGUUGGCGGAUGUCAUGGUCAUAUACUUGAAGGAAGGUAUCGUCGAGUCGAUUCACAAAUCAUUUGUCGAAGUCAAAGAUCGUCUGCAAACAGACUUGUACAAACCAAUUGGUCUUGCUGAAUACGCCAAGAAUGCGUUUGUCAAGGAGGUCGUCAGUUUCUCGAAAAUAGGAGAUGACAAGUUUAAGAGAACAAGAAAGAUCCAACAACUCAUAUCAAAGGCAGAAAAGGAAAAUGAAGAGAAGAAGCCAAGAACGGAUAAAGAAAAGGAAAUCGCAAUGAAGAGGAAAAAGAAAACAUACGUCAGGAUGAAGAAGAACGGACACUUCAGACCGAACUAUUGA